AUGCUGAAUCUCCUCUUAUCGCGUACAAUAACCCCCUCGUUUCAGGUGUGGGCCGUGGCUCUCCCUGACUGGUCCGCCACAGUGCACGAGGACGAGACAGCAGGCUUGCUGCACGCUGCAUGGGCUCCGGACUCCACCCACCUGCUGCUCUCCUCGGACCACAGGCUCCACCAUCUUUCUCCCUUUCCCCAUUUUGCUGAUCCCCCCCGCAGCCAGUCUCCCCCAAUGUACAUCCCCCUGCCCAAGCACCCCAUACCAUACAGCUCUCUCCUUUUCCCUCAACCUCCUCGUUCACUCCAGUCCCUUACCAUCCCCUUUGCUUCUCUCCCCCAGUGCACAUUCCCCUACCCAAGCACCUUAUCCGCGCCCUCGCCUUCUCUUCCAACCACCUCCUCUGUUACAGUCCCCAAAACCACCAUCUUUCAUUUUGUUUUCCUCCCCUCCCCCUCUCCUGCUAAUCCUCGCAGCCAGUCACCCCCAGUGCACAUCCCCCUGCCCAAGCACCCCAUCCGCGCCCUCGCCUUCUCUACCAACCACCUCCUCCUAGCAGCCCUCAAAACACCAACUUUCACUUCCAACCCCCUCUGUAUUAUCCUUCCUUUCCGCACCCCUGCGAAUCCCCACAGCCAGUCUCCCCCAGUGCACAUCCUGCUGCCCAAGCACCCCAUCCGCGCCCUCGCCUUCUCUACCAAUCACCUCCUCCUAGCAGCCCUCAAAACACCAACUUUCACUUCCAACCCCCUCUGUAUUUUCCUUCCUUUCCGCACCCCUGCGAAUCCCCACAGCCAGUCUCCCCCAGUGCACAUCCUGCUGCCCAAGCACCCCAUCCGCGCCCUCGCCUUCUCUACCAACCACCUCCUCCUAGCAGCCCUCAAAACACCAACUUUCACUUCCAACCCCCUCUGUAUUUUCCUUCCUUUCCGCACCCCUGCGAAUCCCCACAGCCAGUCUCCCCCAGUGCACAUCCUGCUGCCCAAGCACCCCAUCCGCGCCCUCGCCUUCGCUACCAACCACCUCCUCCUAGCAGCCCUCAAAACACCAACUUUCACUUCCAACCCCCUCUGUAUUUUCCUUCCUUUCCGCACCCCUGCGAAUCCCCACAGCCAGUCUCCCCCAGUGCACAUCCUGCUGCCCAAGCACCCCAUCCGCGCCCUCGCCUUCUCUACCAACCACCUCCUCCUAGCAGUCCUCAAAACACCAACUUUCACUUCCAACCCCCUCUGUAUUUUCCUUCCUUUCCGCACCCCUGCGAAUCCCCACAGCCAGUCUCCCCCAGUGCACAUCCUGCUGCCCAAGCACCCCAUCCGCGCCCUCGCCUUCGCUACCAACCACCUCCUCCUAGCAGCCCUCAAAACACCAACUUUCACUUCCAACCCCCUCUGUAUUUUCCUUCCUUUCCGCACCCCUGCGAAUCCCCACAGCCAGUCUCCCCCAGUGCACAUCCUGCUGCCCAAGCACCCCAUCCGCGCCCUCGCCUUCUCUACCAACCACCUCCUCCUAGCAGCCCUCAAAACACCAACUUUCACUUCCAACCCCCUCUGUAUUUUCCUUCCUUUCCGCACCCCUGCGAAUCCCCACAGCCAGUCUCCCCCAGUGCACAUCCUGCUGCCCAAGCACCCCAUCCGCGCCCUCGCCUUCUCUACCAACCACCUCCUCCUAGCAGCCCUCAAAACACCAACUUUCACUUCCAACCCCCUCUGUAUUUUCCUUCCUUUCCGCACCCCUGCGAAUCCCCACAGCCAGUCUCCCCCAGUGCACAUCCUGCUGCCCAAGCACCCCAUCCGCGCCCUCGCCUUCUCUACCAACCACCUCCUCCUGCACUUCCCGCUGCCCAAGCACCCUGUCCGCGCCCUCGCCUUCUCACCCAAUCACCUCCUCCUAGCAGCCCUCCACUCGCUCCCGUCCAAUCAAAGCAUGCCACCUGCCGCUGCCACCCCUGCUGCUACUGGGGCUACGGAAUUCGGGGCUGCUGCUGGUGCUGCUGGUGCUGCUGGUGCUGCUGCUGGUGUUGGUGCUGGUAGUGCCAAUGCUAGAAGAACGAGUGAGAGCUCUGCUGUGGGGUUGGGAGGGGUGCAAGGAGUUAGAACAGAGGCAAGAGGAGGAGCACGAAGAGCAUCUGCUGUAGCAGGGGGGGGAGGCGGAAGGGGAGGAGGAGGGGGAGGGGGGGCAGCGGGGCAGAGUCGUGACGUGGUGAGCCUGUACGCUUGUGACACGUGGCAGGAGGUGGUUUGCUUCCGCACGGACACUGUGGACGCUGCUGACGUGGCAUGGGCGGCUGAGGGCAGUGGGGUUAUCGUCUGGGAUCACCCAAUGGAAUUCAGGCUGCUGCUCUUCUCACCCUCUGGCGAGCCCCAAGCACGCAUAGAGCUUCCCUGGCCAGGGCUGGGGGUCAGGGCUGUUGCCCCCUCCCCUGCCUUUUCACUUGGCGCUGCUUCGCACUCCAUUGCCCCUUGCAACGCAAACAGCAGCAGCAGCAGCACAGGCGGCGGUUCAGGUGCCCUGCCAGGUGCUUCUUCAGGUGCUCUGGUGGCGGUGGGUUGUUCGGCCGACCGCCUGCUGCGAGUCUUCCGGGCGGCGGACGGGCAGCCAGUAGUGGAGCUGCCGCACGCGCCAGCUGUCAAAAUCACACUGGCUGCUGCUGCCGUGGUGUACGAGGAAUGCCUUGGGGUUUCUGAAGCUGCCACCACUAUGGCACCAGGUCCCAUACAGUGGAGUGCCAAUCGGUCUCAUACAGUGGAGUGCCACCGGGGAGUACCUAGCCACGCGCUGCGAUGA